GGACCAAGAUGGCGGCGCCCAGCGCUGCUGCCCCGGAGAGCGAGGAGGGGCCCGGGGGUAAACCGAAGUCCCCAGCCGUCACCCCGCAGAAGAUCCGGGAGCUGAUAGACGGGGGCAUCGCCCCGGAGGAGCCCGGCCUGGAGGGAAAGGACACGUCUGCCUUGUCAGAAUCAACUAAUGGCUCUUCGCAAACAGAUGCUCUUCCUUUUGAGACAACUAGUAAAGAAGCCUUCUUCAGCAGAGUAGAAACGUUUACUUCUUUGAAGUGGGCAGGCAAACCUCAUGAGCUGUCCCCCCUGAUAUGUGCCAAAUAUGGAUGGACCAAUAUAGAGAGUGACAUGCUGAAGUGCUCCAGCUGCCAGGCCUUCCUCUGUGCAAGUUUGCAGCUGGCAUUUGACUUCAACAAGUACAAGGAGAGGUGUGCAGUGCUGAAGAAAGCUUUGUGUACUGCCCAUGAGAAGUUCUGUUUCUGGCCAGACAGCCCCUGCCCAGAUCGCUUUGCUGUUUUACUGGUUGGCGAGCCCAUAGCCCUUGUCAGUGACUUCCUGGAUCGCUUUCAAAGCCUGUGUCAGCUAGAACUUCAGCUGCCCUCCCUGAAACCAGAGGAUCUGAAAAAUAUGUCCUUGACAGAAGAUAAAAUCAGCCUUCUCCUGCAUCUGAUCGAGGAGGAACUCGAAUGCAAAACCGAAGGGGAGAAAACACCAAUGAAAUUGGGCUCUGACCUCUUUCAAGUACAUGUCCCCGCCUGCAUCCUGGCCCUCUGCGGCUGGGCUUACAGCCCUUCGCCAGGGUCCAUGCACCUCCCGGUGAUCACGUGUUCCCGCUGCAUGAGGAAGGUGGGGCUGUGGGGUUUCCAUCAGAUUGAGUCUUCCAUGCUCGAAUUGGACUCUUCCUUUGGAUUCAGCAGCACUCCCACCACGCCCACAGAGGCACGCUCGGACCGAGCCCCACUGGUGCCCACGUCUCCCCACAGGAUGAUCACGAGAAGCCAGGACACGACGUUUCCUCCGGGCUCGGAGCAGCACGAGAAGAGCCCAUCCCCCGUGACAGCCCGUAUGCGGAGCUGGGAUGGCUCGAGCCCCAUGGACCGGGCCGAGCCGGAGGCGUCAAGCCCGUCGCCGAGGAGCCGCCCGGUGACCCGCAGCAUGGGGCAGGGGGACAGCGUGGAGGUGCCAUCCAGCCCUCACAGGAGAGCCAAGCGGGCGCGCCUCUGCUCUUCCAGUAGUUCGGACACUUCCACCAGAAGCUUCUUCGAUCCCAGCUCUCAACACCGCGACUGGUGCCCUUGGGUCAACCCAGUGCAGGAGAAGGCCGUCUCAGAGGACACCGGCGACCAAUCGGAGCUGACAUCUGUGAAGGCGGAGCCUGGCUGGCGGGUGGUGCUGAAUGUUCUCCUGGCCGCCAGGAAAUCAAACAGAGCAGCUGACGCAGAGCUUGUGAGCAUCUCAGUAAAAUCCUGCAAGGUGUUCCGGAUCUUCCGGCAGUGGGAAGCCAUGUGCUCCUCCUGAAGACCCCCGGCCAGGGAACGCCUGCCAGGCGGGCUGCAUGGGACAUUGGGUUGGAUUAGAGAGCUGCUUUGCAGUUGCUUGCCAGGCAGCUCCUGGAGCCGCUCCUCCAGGCCCGGCAAGCAACGGGAGCCCUUUCCUGGGGGAUGCAGGUAAUUUGGGGGUGCCCAAAGCACGGUGUGAAGGCCACACUCUGCCCUGGCUGUAAACCGUACCCACUGCAGCUCUCAGAGCUGCUGGCUUGGGGCAGCCCCCCGCCGGCUCUGCCUUUCCCCCACCUCCAACCAGAGCAGGCUCCAGGCGGGGAGGAUCUUUUCUGCCAAGGAACUACGUCCAUUUCAUAGAUUAGUGCAGCAGACGGGCCGAGGCCUGUCCCUCACUGCACACCAUACAGGGGCCUAUGAGCCAGGGCCCUGCUGGCUUGGGGAUGUGAUGACAGGUAGUAAUAAAAUCUUUCACUGUUGUUUUUUUUUUUUUUUUCCUUAGCUGUCUGGCGCUCCUUCCUGCGGGGGUGGGGCUGAUCAGUGACAUGCAGCCUUAGGCCUGGGCAGUCAUACACAGAUCUGUUCUGCUGGGGUCCCUGCUCCCCACACACGGGCACAGCACCUCCCCCAAUUCCCUGCCAGCAAGUACCUUUCCUGCUCCACCGCCAGGCUCGGGGUGUCUCGCCAGAAGCUCUGGCACCUCAGAGCCGGGCUGGCUUUGUCCGCAGGCUGGCACGAGGGAGCUUAGAGGAGGGGGAGGAUCCAAUCGCAGCUGCAGGGUCAUUUUCUACAAGGUCCCACAGAACCCGUGAUGCCUUGACUGCACUUCUGCCGUGCUCACGAUGACCCAGGAAUCGCACCGUGAACUUCCAGCCCAGUUUGGCCAACCCAAGAAGUUUGAAGAAGCAUCUGCACAUGCAGGAGCUUGGCUCUCCAGCAGGUCAACGCAGAGAAAGAGGAGGCCGUUCUGUAGCCAGAACUGGUUCCCUAAAUCUACCCCCGCCAGUGUCUCUUCUUCCUCCUACUCCUUUCUCUCUGGAAAGUAGUUGUAAUUCUGAAUUCAGAUGGUGCCACUCAUCCCAUAGAUCCCAGGAUGCUUCACAUGUUAUACCCCCCUGGCAUCACUAAAAUGCAGCUACCUCUGGUGUGGAGCACAGCAGCGAGCCAGUGCAAUGCACAAUGCUGGCAGAGGCUGUUCAAGGACACUGAGCAAACCCUCUUGAGAAGGAAGUUGCAAGGCUCUCUAAUAGCCACACUGCACAGGUUGGACCUCUGCAAAUUUCAUGUCUGCCCUGCAUGGAACUCUGCCUUGGAGGAUGACAAACUAAGCUAAGAUACCCCUGCUGGGAUUCAAACUCCUGCUUCUAGGGAAUCUGGGCAUGUCCAACUGUCUUCACUAGGAGGACCAAGUACUGAUUUUGCCCCUAAAUGGCCCCCUCAAGGAUUGAACUGCCAACCCUGGGUUUAGCAGGCCAAUGCUCAAACCACUGAGCUAUCCCUGCCCAAAUAGUGGCACAAGAGCUCCCAAGCCCCACAAAUUACAUGAUGGAAACUACCUGUGUUCGAGCCCCUGAAUGCAGCCAACCGAGAAUCCUAAGAGCCGGCCAAGUAAAACCCCCCGCCGGGAAACUUCUUCCACAAGAAGGGUUGUGGUUAUGGACAGACCUGGCUCCGGCUGAUUCAUGAUCAAACAGCCGGCUCGCUGGCAGCGCAGGGGUAGGUGUCACAUGGCCACUCCAGCCAGAGGCCUUGCAGUCAGUGCAGGAUUGGUGCCUGUCAGCACCAUCUACUGUUGCUGUUGCAGCAUGCGCGUCCCUUCCAGGGGAUCCCCCCCGACUCACCCCACCCAGGCAGUGCUCCCUUUCGUUUCUAUCGGGGGUUCCUCUUCCUUUCCAAAUUGGACUCUGUCACCUACAUUUUUUCUCAGCUACAAGCUGAGGUUUAAUAUUCCUAUGUCCACCUCCAGCCUCUUUACCAACAUGGAUUAAAACCCAUAAUGCCCCUAUCAGGUAGGUCAUAUUAUAUUAUCCCCAUUUUACAGUUGUGGAAACUGAGCCAGCGAAGUUAAGAUUUCCCCAGGGACCUAAAACAUGAUCACGAGCUGCGAAUAGAAUCAGACCCCAGCAACCCCCUGCUUUAACCUUCCCAGAACUGGGCGUAGAACCCAGGAGUCCUGAUUCCCAACUACCUGAUCCAACCACUCAAUGAGACAGAUUCAAACUAAUAUUGUUUUUCCCUCUGCAAUUAAGGCACCUACUUUAAAAAACAACAACUUGUUAUUGGGGUAAAGUUACAAUAAAAUGUUUAACAAAC